GAGCCCUCUACGGGGACGUCAUGCAGGAGAACUACGAGACGCUGACCUCGCUGGGGGGUGCUGGGAUGGUGAAUGAGAAGGAGAAUCCACAGCGGGAAAAUUGUGAGGAUGUGGAUCUGCAGGGAACAGUAUUGGGAAGAACCAAGGGGAAUUUUUACCAGGAUCGUAAAGGAGGAAAACCUUGUGGAACUCAGCGCAGGUCAGAGAGAUUGCUGGGAUGCAAGCCAGGGAAGAAAACACGUGAACCCAUAAAUGAUGGUGGAGAUUGCAAGGACCUCAAGGAAACCACAGCCCAGCAGAGAAUGCCCAGAGAAGAGAAGAAAAACACAUGCAGCGAGUGUGGGAAAAUCUUUAUUCGGCGGUCACAUCUUAUUUCACAUCAGAAGGUCCACACUGGAGAGAAGCCUUACAAGUGCCUUGUCUGUGGGAAGGUUUUCAGUCAGAGCUCAAAUCUUAUUUCCCAUCAGAGGAUCCACACAGGGGAGAAACCCUAUAAGUGCCUUGUCUGUGGGAAAGGUUUCAGUCAUACUGCAAACCUUAUUUCACAUCAGAGGAUCCACACCGGGGAGAAACCCUAUAAAUGCCUUGACUGUGGGAAAGGUUUCAAUCAGGGUUCAAACCUUAUUAGGCAUCAGAGAACCCACACAGGCGAACAACCUUAUAAAUGCCUGGAAUGUGGGAAAAGCUUCAUUCAGAGCUCAGAUCUUAUUAGACACGAGAGAACCCACACAGGUGAGAAACCCUAUAAAUGUCUGGACUGUGGGAAAAGCUUUGUUCUGAGCUCAGAUCUUAUUUCACAUCAGAGUGCUCACACGGGAGAUAAACCCUAUAAGUGCCUGGAGUGUGGGAAAAGUUUCAAUCAGAGCUCAUACCUGAUUUCACAUCAGCGAACGCAUACAGGAGAGAAACCCUAUAAAUGCCUCGAGUGUGGGAAAACAUUCAGCUGGAACUCAAAUCUAAUUUCCCAUCAAAGAACUCACACAGGAGAGAGACCGUAUAAGUGCCUGGACUGUGGGAAAAGGUUCAUUGACAACACAGCCCUUAUUAAACAUCAGAGAAUGCAUACAGGAGAGAGACCCUAUAAAUGCCUCGAGUGUGGGAAAAGUUUCAGUCGGAAAUCAACUCAUAUUGGACACCAGAGAAUCCACAAAGGAAAGAAACCUUGAAUGUGGGGGAAGCUUCAGCUGGGAUCAGCUUGUAUCACGCAUCAGGAAAGUCGUACAGGGAAUAAACCUCUUAAAUAUCUUUAACAUGGAAAAUGCUUAGAGUGGAAUUGACAUUAAGAAUUCCUCUCCUGUGAGGAGUUUGUAAUCAAUUCCAUCACUGGGGCUGGCCACAGUUUAUUUAAAAAAAUCCAAUUCCCCUGCAUAUAUCUUUGAUUUCUUUCAUGCUAAGUCAGACUCGGGGAGGCUGCAGGUGAAAAUGUUGCAAAACUGGAGGGAGAAUUCAAAUGAAUCCCCCACAGUCUGUGAUCAUUCUGAGCUUAAAUUCCAGUUUCCAUCAGAUGGGAAUUUGGGUUUUCUCCUUUCAUUAGGACAAUGUUAAAACUUUUGUAACCAUCAUGACAAUAUAAGAAGGCGCCGAAUGAAGCAGGUGUUGAUAGUUCAGAGGAGAGUGUGGGUAAGUCUGUUCUCUUGAUUUUGAAUCAUCUGGAACAUGCUCUGGGAUGUCACUAUAUAUGAACCGGAAAGUUUCUUAUAGUCCACCCUGUAUUGUGGCUUGUUCUCUGUUUGCUGAAGGCCAUUUGGUCACCUAGUAGGAUAUUAGUUUUGCAGGACAUUGUGUAGAUUUAGUGGGGACUCCAAAAGACACAUGACCAUUUGCCAGAACACUCUUCCUUUAUUUGUACCAUUUUCCGAACCUUUGCCAUGAGAUGUAUAAUAAUCAUUGUUCAAAUAACACUAACAUCACCAUGAGCACAAACACCGAUGGGACCAGUGUGAGAGUCGCAGGCCGAGAGGCAGAAACUGAAACGGGAGGAAGUUCCUGCUGGAUUCCUGCAGUGAUGGGAGAUAGGGCCGGGAGAGAGAUAAAGGGCUGGGAAACUGCAGGGUUUUCUCUGGAGAGCCAGACAGCUGAGGCUGAGAAUUGUUAACUUGCUGCACUGGAGCCGGAGAGAGACGGGAACUAGCCUGGGAUCACUGGGUGAAACUGUCCCUGAAUCCCAAAGGGCUACAAAUGACGCUGCUUGUGGAGUUGCUGGGUCUAUCAGUGAUUCCUGGGAGGACAAGACUGAGCAGAGGUAGGAAGGAAACUAGGGAAGUCAACAGGCCUGGCCGGCCCUGAGGCCAGCUGACAUCCAUCACUGCGACUGGAAGGCAAUGGGGAGUCUGUGAACCAAGAUGGUCACCGCUAACCCCUCCACAGCGUCCUUGACAGAGACUCUCUCUGUCACGCUCACCACAUGCACGCCAAGGACUUCCCUGGGGGAUAAACCCCUCAGCCGGGAUUGGAGAUGCCGCACCCUUCUCCGGCUCCCAUUAACCCGAGCUCCCUGGCUUUCCUGCUCUCACAGCAUUUGCUUCCCUGUGACUGAAUCGCGGUGUCUCUAAUGGAUCCUCUGCAUUUUUUCUGCCCACUGUACAACGUUGCUGCUGCCUGCGGGAGGUGGGAGCAGCGCCUUGCUGGGCUGGGGCCGAAAUGCUCUGAGUUGAGCAGGGUACUGGGUGUGGGGAGGAGAUUUUAGCUUUUAUUUCUGGCUUGGAAAGAAUAAAGUGGAAUUUAGUUUCUCAAACU